UUUUACACCUGUGCUCUGCCUAGCUGCUUAGCUUCCUCGCUCCGCUUGCCUGCCUUCUCGUCAUCAUCCAUCCACAUCUCCCAAAACAACCACUGGUCUGGAUGGACUUCGAUACGCUCAACUCCCACCCGGAGGCGCAGCUGGAGCUAAUGAACGCAAUGCUGCAGCUGGAGCAGCUGACUGCGCUCCCUGACCACGGCAUGCCGGCGCCCCCUUCUCCAUGCACGCAACCGCAAGCCCCUCGUCACCACUUCUCCUCGGCGCCUCACAUGGCGAGCGCCAACGUUAACGCCGGAGGGGCCUACCACGAUCCGUAUUCCCAGCCUCCCAACUCCGCCCCCUACAGCGCCAGCCAUCGCCGCUCCGGCUCCGAGUACACGGCGACGUCGCAGCCCCCAACCGAAGGCGCCGGCGCUACGGGUCCGGCGGCGAUGCGGGAGAUGAUCUUCCGCAUCGCGGCGCUGCAGCCGGUGAACAUCGACCCGGACACGGUGCGCCCGCCGAAGCGCCGCAACGUGCGCAUCUCGACGGACCCGCAGAGCGUGGCGGCGAGGAUGCGGCGGGAGCGCAUCAGCGAGCGCAUCCGCAUCCUGCAGCGUCUCGUGCCGGGCGGGACCAAGAUGGACACCGCGUCUAUGCUGGACGAGGCCAUCCACUACGUCAAGUUCCUCAAGACGCAGGUGCAGUCCCUCGAGCGCGCCGCGGCAGCCAACGGCCACCGCGCGUCGCCCAAUGCCGCCACCUACCAGGGCCUCAACGGGCCGUGGUAAGACAAGAUCGAUUACGUCGCGUCGGCCAACCGCAUGUGCUUACGCUCCGCGCGACAUGGCAUAUAUACAUGUGCAUGUAAUGACAUUAAUCAAUGUUGAGCCUGGAGCUAGCGGAAUGCGCAUGUAAUGACAUGAAUCCAUGUUGAGCCUGGAGCUAGCGGAAUGCGCAUGUAUGCUAGAUACAUACAUCGGUUUGAUCGACAAGUAUUUUCGGAUGAAAGAGUAUGUAAUGUACUGUGUGUAAAUUAAGAUGUACUAGGAGACCUACUAGCUAGUAAGUACUUCCUCCGUUCCUAAAUAUAAGACA